AUGGACAGAGAGGUGAGUGAGUUAGUGGUGUUGCAGCUGAUACACACGUUAAUUUCGAACAAGAACGAAGAACUGGUCAGGAAUGGGGGAGGAAUCAACAUGAUCGGUAACAAUCUCCGAAUAUCACUAGUCAAGUUAACUAACGAAAUACAGAACAAUAUGCUAAUCAACGAGCUGACGAAUUUAAGGAGACAAGGCACUAUGGUAAAUGGAAACGGAAAACUUGGCAUUAACGAUAUCCUGACCAUCGUUAAGGGCUUAUUUCCCGAUUAUAGAACAACACUAAAUGAUGGGCAACUGAGUCUACAUGGUUUAGAGAUGCAUGACAUCGAAAAGCUACUUGUAGAAAAGUGCGACCGAUUCAAGAAAACGCAAAUUGAACAAAUAAGGACGAUGGAGGACGAGAUAUUGAAGAAUGGUAUAAAGAUGGGGGUAUCGCAACCACAAUCGCAACCGCAACAGCAUGUACAAUCGGCCAAAAGUGGAUCUAGUGGCAUAGGUACAACCACUACCACGACUACAACACAUGGCGUACAUAACAUGGACCCAAAGAGAGAAAAACUAUUGAAAUUAUACAGAGACACGGUUCUGAAUAAACUAGAGAGCAAGACUGGGAAUUUUCGGAAGUUAUUCAAGAGCCCCAACAAUAGGAUUAUUAAAAAUGAGAUAAAUUACGCAGACCUAAAGAAUGAAACACCCGGCAGUGUUCACGAACUGCAACUGAUUUUGCAGAAGAGCAUAACCGACGGUGUGAUGCGAGAGGCCAUUGGCACGGAUGAUUGGAAAUUGGCCAGACAAGUGCAGUUGGAACUAGACGACACAGUCCAAUUCAUGAGAAGAGCAUUAGAAUAG